UAAGAAUACAAGAAGGGAAGGAAGAACGUACGGUAACAAAUCCAAGCUUAUCUUAAAAGAAGGCUUUCAUAGGGUUCAUUUUUUGGUAAGUGCAGCUGUGAAGCAUGGAUCAUCAGCCCAAGAAGCCUGGUCCAGAUGCUCAUAUUUAUGAGGAUUCUGAUGAGGUAAAUGACUCUCCAAUCGAACAAGUUCGGCUCACAGUCUCCAUUACAGAUGAUCCAACAUUACCAUGCAUGACAUUUCGAACAUGGGUUUUGGGGAUCACAUCUUGUGCUGCUCUGGCAUUCUUGAAUCAGUUCUUUGGUUACCGCCAGAAUGCACUCUAUGUAUCUUCGGUUUCAGCCCAAAUUCUAGUGCUUCCAGUGGGAAAGCUUAUGGCAGUAUACCUACCAGACAAAUCAGUUCGCGUUCCUGGAACAAAAUGGUGUUUUUCAUUGAAUCCAGGGCCCUUCAACUUGAAGGAGCAUGUCCUAAUCACCAUAUUUGCCAAUUCAGGUUCAAAUACGGUUUAUGCUGUGGGAAUUAUUACAAUUGUCAAGGCUUUCUAUCACCGUCGGAUUCAUCCUCUUGCAGCCAUGUUGCUAACUCAAACCACCCAGCUGCUUGGAUAUGGAUGGGCUGGAGUUUUCCGAAAGUUUCUUGUCGAUUCACCUUACAUGUGGUGGCCUUCCAACCUGGUUCAAGUCUCUCUAUUUAGGGCAUUGCACGAAGUUGAGAUCAGACCCAAAGGCGGACUAACGAGACUGCAGUUCUUCCUUGUAGUCCUUACAUCAAGCUUUGCAUACUAUAUUGUACCCAACUACCUGUUUCCAUCGAUUACUGCACUCUCCUUUGUUUGUUGGAUAUGGAAGGACUCAGUCACGGCCCAACAAAUUGGUUCGGGUCUUCGAGGCCUUGGUGUUGGCUCGUUUGCCCUUGAUUGGUCCACUGUAGCUGGUUUCCUAGGAUCUCCUUUAGCCACCCCUGGAUUUGCCAUUAUUAACAUAAUGGUUGGUUUCUUCCUAACGCUCUACGUAUUAAUCCCUGUUGUUUACUGGACCAACUCCUUUGAAGCCAAGCGAUUUCCUAUUAUCUCAUCGCAUGUGUUCAAUGCUGAUGGUGGAAAAUACGAUGUUUCAAUAGUUUUGAAUGAGACAACCUUCCAAUUCAAUCGACAAGGAUAUGAUGGGUACAGCAAAAUACAUCUCAGUAUCUUCUAUGUAUAUACUUAUGGUCUAAGCUUUGCAACACUGGCUGCUACAAUAUCUCAUGUUGCACUCUUCCAUGGAAGAGCAAUCUGGCAACAAACAAAGGCUACAUUCAAAGAUAAGUUCGGGGAUGUACACACCAGAAUAAUGAGAAAAAACUAUGACCCUGUCCCUCAAUGGUGGUUUUACACACUCUUAAUGGUGGUGGUUGGACUUGCCCUGCUUGCUUGUGAAGGCUUUGGCAAACAAUUGCAGCUUCCCUUCUGGGGUAUCCUACUAGCGAUACUCUUGGCUCUGAGCUUCACUCUCCCUAUUGGCGUAAUCACUGCUACGACAAACCAGCAACCAGGACUUAACGUCAUCACUGAGCUGAUUAUCGGCUACAUGUAUCCGGGGAAACCUCUUGCAAAUGUAGCUUUCAAGACCUAUGGCUACAUAAGCAUGUCUCAGGCACUAAUGUUUCUCUCAGACUUCAAGCUAGGCCACUACAUGAAAAUCCCUCCAAAAUCCAUGUUCUUUGUUCAGUUAGCGGGAACCUUGGUCGCUUCAUCAGUCUACUUUGGCACAUCUUGGUGGCUUAUCACGUCGGUAGAACAUAUCUGUGACCCAUCUAAACUUCCAGAAGGAAGCCCCUGGACAUGCCCUGGAGAUGAUGUUUUCUACAAUGCUUCCAUCAUAUGGGGAGUAGUUGGUCCACUUCGCAUGUUUGGCCCUCUCGGUCUUUACUCUAAGAUGAACUAUUUCUUCCUCAUUGGCAUCCUGGCACCGGUACCAGUUUGGGUAUUCUCUCGCCUGUUUCCUGACCAAAAGUGGAUAUGCCUCAUUAACAUGCCCAUCAUUAUAGGAGGUGCAGAUGCAAUGCCAACGGCCAAGGCUGUGAACUACAUAUGUUGGGGUGCUGUGGGCAUUUUCUUCAACUUUUUUGUGUACAGGAGAUUCAAAGGCUGGUGGGCUAGGCACAAUUACAUUCUCUCAGCUGGGCUAGAUGCUGGGGUUGCUUUCAUGGCCAUCCUCUGCUAUUUCACAUUGCAGGUUAGAGACAUCAAUGGAGUGGGGUGGUGGGGUUUGGAUUUGGACGAUCACUGCCCACUGGCAAGUUGUCCUACUGCCCCUGGCAUUGAGGUCGAAGGCUGUCCAGUAUUCCCUUGACAAAGUUACACAGUUAUACUGUGCAGUUUAUGCAGUAGACUUGAAAGUUUGCUAGACUAUGUAGAUCAAGUUAAAGGUUAAUCUUUUAUGGUAGCGCUGCCGAUCAUUAAAUCUCGGAGCACAACUCUUGUAGGAUUGACAUUGUUGAAGACUGCCACUUCAUGGUUGCAAAUUUCGAUUCUACAUAACAAUAUCUAUCCUAUCAUUACUGUA